CAAGCAAUCAAACAUAGAAUAAUGGAUAAACAAGACAAACAACAGAGGUUCAUAACCAUACAAAAAUAUAUCAAACAUAGGAUGAUUAGUCAUAAAAUGGAUUGUUUCAAUUAAACAUAAACAAAAAUGCUCACAUUUUUUUUUAUAAAUAUCCAUCUGUAAAUAUGUGUUUCCCUGCAACAUUUAAAAAAAAAGAAAAGUUGCAGAUUUAUCAACUCAUAAAAUUGUUCUGUGUUUUUAAAGUUUGAUUUUCUUAAUUUUUCUAUAACAAAAAGUAAAAAUAAUUUUUACGUUUUCAUUUGGUGACUUAUUCAUUGUCAGUAUAAUUUCUUUAUGUUGAUCUGAGGGGAAUUUUGGUGUUUAAUCUCCUUCCAGUAAAGAUUUGUGGGAGUGGAUCUCUGAAGACUGACGCGCUUCCUCGGAAACGUCAGAACUCGGGUUGGUUUCGGGCUGAACCGGCGGGAGCCUCCACAGCGGGGCGUCCCCGGCUCUGGAGCGGCUUCCGGCGGGGACAAGACUGGAGCGCCGUCCUGGAGAGCCACAGAGAGCCUGCGCGCAGUGCGCAGACAUCAUCGCAGACUGUGCCGUCUGGAUCAUUCAAUUCAUUUACAACACUGGACAUCUUUUCAAUAAGAUAUAGCAGAAUUUCUUAAAUUACACUAAUUGAAUUUAUUUUAGACUACAGAAAAGAAAUUUAAAAUCUACCAACCAGUUUUACUCUUUCUGGGCGUGCUCCAAACUGAGAUUACGCACAUGUUAUUUAAAGUUCGUUUGCAUGAAACUGUUGCGCGCACGUGUUCACGGACAGCCGAAACGCGCUCCGUGCCUGUGCCAUCUCUUUUCUCGCAUCCCCCCAUUUCCAUCUCUACCUUUCAGUAAUUGAAUUAGCUUGGUUUUGCUUGGGGGGAGGGGCUUUGCUUUGUUCAGGAGACGCCCAUUCAAAUCAUUUCAGACCAAUGGGACUAUUCCCCGCUCCUCCGUAACCAAACCUACUCUCUCAGUCGGCGUCUGGUCUGGAGCUGCCUGCCUCAGCCCUCACCUCCCCGCGUGUCCAGGCGUCUGAAACCCAAACACAAGCUCAGAGGAAGACAUUCAGGAACACCCACGGGACGAAGUUGCUUUUUUUCCUCUUUCCUUUACGUUGUGUAAUGGCUUAUAAAUAAGGAGGACUCUUUGGAAUGUGGACAUGAACGCGUAGCACGCAGAGGAAAAAAAAAAAAAGCUCCGCGCUGCGUGUCCUCUCUUCGGCAUCGUGGACUCCUCCCCACUUCAUCCGUGGCACCUCUGCUGAAAGGAUGACAGUGUUUCUCACGCUGGAAACAAAAGAGCGAAUGUAAGGCUGCUGCUGCUUCUCUAGACUCUCCUGACUGUGUGGCUUUAAAAAGUUGCCAGGAGAAAAUGGGCAUCUGACGUGCGCCUCCCAGCGUCAUUGGACACACUGAGCCUCUCUCUCUUUUCUCUUCAUCACAUCUUGAGCUGACUAAUCCCCUGCGUUCUGGGUUUGGAGUAAGCACGAGUGUUCAGCAGUUGUCACUCGCCUUGACACAGGCUGCGUCCAGAGGCUCCAUGCAGAAGGGGGACGCCGUCACAUCGCAGAAGACACCGCCUGCUGUGUUGCGCAUUCGCGGCUCCUCGUUUGCGCAUUAGAGAGCGAAACCUCCACCUCGGAUUCCUCAGAGCUUACACACUCAGCAUCACGCCUUGUUUUUGUGACUUCACGUUUCCGUCAAGCCGAGAGGGUGUCAGCAGUAUCACUGUCCCCCACCCCCUCCACCCCCCCCCUGCAUGCUCACAGCUCCUUCCUCAGUCCUUGCGUUUUCUCUGGGGCGCGCAUCACUGUUUCCUCGGCGUCGCCAGAAACUUGCGGCCACAUGUGAGCGAAACUCCUCACCUGUCCCGGUUGAAACACCCAUACAAGUUGAUUUUAAACCACACAGAAGAGGAAGUACGCGCCCGAAGUUUGGCUGUAGUGAUGCUGCAAGUGGAAAUGGUCCUCUUCAUCUGCCUGGUGGUGUUGAUGUGUGUAUUUAGCCAAGAGCCCGGCUCCAAGGUUGUGGCCGACCGCUACGCCGUCUUCUGGAACCGGACCAACACCAAGUUCCACCGUGGAGACUACCACAUCGACGUGUGCAUAAACGACUACCUAGAUGUCUACUGUCCUCAUUACGAAGACUCGGUGCCUGAGGAGCGGACAGAGCGCUACGUCCUCUACAUGGUCAACUAUGAUGGUUACAGCACAUGCGACCACACCGCCAAGGGCUUUAAGCGCUGGGAGUGCAACAGGCCGCAUUCCCCAAACGGACCUCUCAAGUUCUCUGAGAAGUUCCAGCUCUUCACUCCCUUCUCCUUGGGCUUUGAGUUUAGACCGGGCAGAGAAUACUACUACAUCUCCUCCACCAUUGCUCAGAAUGGGAGAAAAACAUGCCUGAAGCUGAAAGUUUUCGUCCGACCAUCAAACAACUGUGUGAAAACUAUAGGCGUACAUGACCGUGUUUUUGAUGUAAACGACAAAGUAGACAAUACAUUAGAGCCACGAGAUGACACCAGCCAUGAAACGGCUGCACCCUCCCGAAGUGAAACAAAUGCUGUGUCGCACCUGCAUAAAACAAGCCCACUUCUAGCUUCAUUGCUGGUCAGCUUAGCAGCACUCUUCACUUUAUAGCACUCCCCUCUGUGCUGGAGGUCAUUUACACCUAGAGUGGCCUGAAUCUGCCCUAGGCUGCAGGGUUGGGAGGGGAUUUGGGAAGAUCGGGUUUGUUUGGUCGGGCACAAGAGCAGGCUUCUCAAGGAACCCUCUAUUUUUUUCAGAAGAAUAUUUAAGUGGUCUUUCUCCGUCUGCGAGUGAAAAAUAGUUGAUGUUGAAAGUGGGAGAGACAGUUUCCCCUCUAGAACCUUCAACUAAGAUGCCAAAUCUUCUCUUUUUGACACUUAGUGAUUCUUUAUUUCCCGAGAAUUUUGACAUUGCCUCACAUGACGUUUAUCUCAUCGUAGCAGAUGUUUACACAGACAUUGACACACACUGCAUAGCAGAUACGGACAGCAUUACACACACAAUAGCAGUAGAGGUUUGACUAAGUCUCACACAGUGGUAGUGUUAUGUACUGAAAAUGAUAGAUAAUAGAAAUGACUGUACAUACAAAAAGAUAAUGGAAAGUCCCGAGACCUCCCAACACCUUCAAAGGAAAGUGUGUUAAUCCAUUUGUGAAGGAGUUGUAAGAAGUAGAAUCUAGUUUAGUGGAAAUAAUCCAGUGAUAAUGAAGGCAUGGAAAAGAAGAGGCACGGUUUUUAACUGGGUGGACUUAAUGACUUUAGUGAUCUUUUUUGAUUUUCUUGGUUUUAAAGAUUCCUUUGUGCAAAACAUGUUGAUUUGCCAAAUAAAACACCACUGAGAGAAUUUGCUCCACUCGUAUCAACAAAAAAACAAAGCUGAGACUGUACUUCACACAAACUUUGCCAACUGCAGCUAUGAACAAGAAAGAAUAUCUUUUGAAAAUUGAUCACAGAGUUUCACAGCAGAAGUAAAAUUUACUCAUGUGAUGCGUACUAAGCUGAGCAGCAAUUUCUUGUCUCUGUUCCAGAUGAGCAUCAGUCAAUAUUCCCAAUUCUGCAAACAUUUGCAUCUUUUUUCCAUCUCUAUUGACUCUUAAAUCAAUGGCUAAAAAAUGAGACACGGCUUUAAAAAAAAAUGACUUCUUACUUUUUUCCAAGCCACAGCAGUGUUUGGCAGUAGUUUCAUCAGACUUUAUUUUUUAAUGAACUGUGAUAUGAAAUUCUAUUAAAUUAUUUACAUCUUUCUUCUGUAAUAUGGCUUUAGCCUAUGAGGGCAGUGUUACAUUUCUCUUCCUUUCAGUCAGUACAGCAGUUAGUACAGCAUUUACUGAAUUUAUCUACAGCUCCAAUUAGUUGAGAUCACAUUGUGUAAACAGACGGGCACCCAUUAAAAUGCACGCCUGUGUUUGCUCCAGCUACACUAACGCUUAAAUUCAAAAGACAGCCUUGUUCAGUGGUGAUGUUCAGUUUCCUGCAGCUCCCACAAACAUGGUUCAUUUGCAUAAUAGGAACGUUUUUUUUCAUAGGAGUUUUGUUUUUGACUAUAAAAAGUAUAAAUGGAAAGAAAAUAUAGAUCCAAUGAAGCUGACUUUCUCCCUGAGCUGUAAUGUGAGAGUUUGGGGAACCGAUUGGUGAACAGAAAGUGGAAAAAUAGGGCAGGGAAAUGAGUGCAGGCACAAUUGCAUGGCCACUUUCUGCUCCUAGUGUUGCAGGUAUAAGUGACUCUUUAAUGAGGUUCAAAAUGACAGGCAUGUAGACCCCAUGUUGUGGCAAGGGGAGUAAUUUCUGGCAUUAAAAAUAGAUGGUGGAAGGCUUGGGGGGUCUCGGGAGGUGCAGGGGUAGAUUUCCACAGUAGGGGGUUUUAACACACCCGUGACCUUGCAUUUUGGGGGAGUUGGUGAGUGAAGGAGACAGAAAGAGGGACAUACACACACUGUUAAAACGGCAAGACAAGACGCUGAAGCUAGUUUGAUUAGUGCCUAACAAAACAAAUCAAGACAACAGCAGAAAAUCAAUGAUUCUGGAGAUACAUUAAUUCAACUACAUCCCAUUUUGUACCACUUAGUCUCAACGACGUGCACUGUUAUGUAUUUACUUCUAAACUUGGGGCUGCUUUUUUGUGUUUCUCUGUCUAAAAGACAACCUCUGCCUUUGGUCAUUAUUUUGCUUUUGUUUUAUGUCAACCAAGUUAACAAUCCUAUAGCAGCAGAACACCUGUGGGGCAAUAGAUUGAUCGGGUACUAAUUUUCAGGACAAUCCCACAUGGAUUUUAUUAUCAUAACUCUAGCCUCAACAGAAACUGGCUUAAAUUUGUAUCGUAUAACUAUAAACACUUUUUGGUUUUGUAUUGCUACCAUACCAUGAUUUAAUAGUCACCCACCCUAACCUGGGACAUGAGGAUCAAUUUCUAUACUGGAUACCGUGUAUCCUGAGGUAGUCAACCAAUAAACAAGUAGUGUUAGGUUAGUCUCCGUUUUGUACCUUUCUGAAGGACAAAGAAAAAAAAGUUACAUCCUUGGUAAAACUGUAUAAUUAUUAUUAUUGCUAUGAUGAUAAUGAUUAUGAAUAUCAUUAUUAGAAAACCUCUUGAUGUAAAUAGUGUUUGAUAUUAAAGUAUUAAUUUGGUUCUUAUGUCUUUUCUAAAAGAUGAAUCCCAUAUUAUCUCUGGGUUUUGCUGAGUGUGUACUGUUCUUAAAAAACACAUUGUGUGCUACGAUCCUCAAUGCCUAAAGAGACUUUGAAUGAUUUCAAAGUGGAAACCAGUUGGAGCUGUACACAUCCGUGUACCACAGGCUGGACUUUAGCCGACAAGAGGCUCAUCUUUUACAUGUUUCAAACCAGUCACCAACCAUCACCACCUCGUCAUGAUGGGAUCCCGAUUUGAAAAGAAACUCAUGGGACUUGAUGGAUGCUCUGUUUGUACUUUUUUGCCUUCAGGAUUUUUUGAAAGCAUGUUGAUCAGCUCAAAGACACAAUAUGAGUGAACGGUUGGCUUUAUUGACUGGAGGGAUCUCACCAGUUUCAUUUUGUGGCAUGCGCAUGAACUUGACAGUAAAAAGAAAAAAAAAUCUAAGAAAAAGUAAAAAAAAAUCAAGUUUUUUAUUAAAAAUUUUGUUUUGCUGUUUUUUUCCCCAGAUGUAAUAGAGUUUCUGAUCACUUUCAUGUUGUGUUUUUGCAUUGCCAUUGGAGUGAUGUCAGACUGUUUAGUUACAUAGGUCAAUUGUACAUAACACAAGCCAUUGAUGUGCAGUCAAAUUGGGGCUCAGUCAUUUUAAAAAUUUUAAAAGCAACUUUUGACUUUUCUUUUUCUUAGAAUGACUGUGUCCUUCCCCAUCCAUGGCAUUCAUCCCAUGUCUCCUUCAGCCUUUUUCACUCUCUUUUCUCCCAUAAGAAGGAGUUUGAGAGUAGAUACAUCAGUGUGGACAUUUCUGAGCAUAAAAAAAACAAAAUGUGUGAGACCUAUAAGGUUUAGUGUGUGUCUCAUUUGCUGUAGCUGCAGUGAAUGGGAAGCUGCAACCCUCUUUGGCAGCAAAGAGUGUUUCCCAUGCCUUAGCCCUUCAGCCUCUGCCCUGGAAGCCCCGUCUGUGUUCAAGAAGCUUUCUACCAUUGUGCUUUUACACAGAACAGCUGCUGGCGUCGAACAGACAACAACAGGGCCCUUAACUUUCUCUCCUUUUUUUAACAACCCUACAUCACUUGUCACCAAAGUAGACGUCGGACCUGGGCACGGUUUAAGGAUUAGUACAUCCUCUCGAGCUAAUCCUAAACUGAAUUGUUAGCGGGGUGAAGCAUGUCAUCGAUCCAAGUUCUGUGGGCAAAGCCUCUCGUCUCUCUUUUUUGCUGAUGAACCACUUAAAUUUAUGUCCUUCCUCAUUUUUCUUGUGCUUGUGUAACCCCUAUCACACCAAAUGUCUCUCCUCCUUCACCUUUGAACCCCAUUUCUACUUUGCCACCAGUGGGAAAUGUUUCCAACCUCUUUUACAGUAUAUACCUGACAAGAAAACUUGACAAAAAAAAAAAACGUCUGUAUUUGUAUAUACAUGUGUCUGAGCAACUAUGAGUACAACAAUAAAACAAAUACAUUGCUUCGAC